GUCUUUUUGCCUUGUAAGGCUGCCGUGGCAGGGUCAUGCUUUCAUUUGUGUGUUGAACAAGCUCAAGCUUACAAGCAGCAGUUGUUUGGCAAAGGAGGCUGCUGGAGGAAUAAAUGCCAGCAUGACUAGGAUCUGAGGAAGCAUCUCCGUAUUCCUACCGAAAGUUCGCGGGUGCAGAGGAGGGGUGCAAGGACAACAGGGACAUUUUGAGCUAAAAUGGAUAUCCCCACCAAUUUGGUGCCAUCCUCCAUGAUGUCGCAACCUGAAGUGAUUGAGUCCACAGCCAUGAGUGAACCACAGUGCUACUACAAUGAAACCAUUGCCUUCUUUUAUAACCGGAGUGGAAAAUAUCUAGCCACUGAAUGGAACACUGUCAGCAAGCUCGUAAUGGGCUUGGGGAUUACCGUCUGCAUCUUCAUCAUGCUGGCCAACCUCUUGGUUAUGGUGGCUAUUUAUGUCAACCGCCGAUUCCACUUUCCUAUUUAUUACUUAAUGGCCAACUUAGCUGCUGCGGACUUUUUUGCAGGGCUGGCCUACUUUUACUUAAUGUUUAACACAGGACCCAACACUAGAAGAUUGACUGUAAGCACCUGGCUUCUCCGUCAGGGUCUCAUUGACACUAGCCUGACGGCUUCUGUAGCCAAUCUGUUGGCCAUCGCUAUCGAGCGGCACAUUACAGUCUUUCGCAUGCAGCUACAUACUCGGAUGAGCAACCGGCGAGUGGUGGUGGUAAUUGUUGUUAUCUGGACUAUGGCCAUCGUAAUGGGCGCCAUACCAAGUGUCGGAUGGAACUGUAUUUGUGAUAUCACUCACUGCUCCAACAUGGCACCGCUCUAUAGUGACUCCUACCUGGUCUUCUGGGCUAUUUUCAACCUGGUCACUUUCGUGGUCAUGGUGGUCCUAUAUGCUCAUAUCUUUGGGUAUGUCCGCCAAAGGACUAUGAGAAUGUCCAGACACAGUUCUGGACCCCGCAGGAAUCGGGACACGAUGAUGAGCCUCCUGAAGACUGUGGUCAUUGUGCUUGGUCAGCAGCAUUUGAAGGAUGGUAGAAGAGGCAGGGCCCGUAAGAAGCCCCAGUAUUCAUUACUGUGUUGGGAUUAUCAAGCUUUUUUAUUGAAAUGGAUAUCAGAGACUUGGUCACUCAGCCCCGUGACAUGAAACUGAUGAAGAAACAGGACCUUGAGAUGUAAGGGUUGUUGGUUUUUUGUUUGUGUGUUUUGUUUGCAGCAAUGCAGGUUUGAAACCUAUAACAGCAGCCUAUCCUGGGCAGUGUUCACCCUUUUGCUCUGCAAGAUGCCAAAUGGCUGCAAUCUUAAAAAAAAAAUAAAAAAAUAAAAAUAAUACAAGGGAAGCUGCACUAUCCGCUGAAGAACCUGUUGUUUCCUUUUGCUACUCAAAAAGCAGCGUGCAUAUUCAGGCAGUACUUUGUGUCUGGAGAACAAAGAGGAGCUAAAGGCUAUCAGUGAAAGGUUUUCACACGUUAGGCAGAACUGCAUGCACAGUAUGCUCAGGUCUCUGCUAUAAGUAUAUCUAAGAACCUGUCACUUUAUUUAUGCAGAAAGAUAAAACAUGAGGUUUUAACGUGUUUCAGCGCUACACUCGGGAGGUCCCUGAGGUUCAGGGCUUGGAAAAUGAGGAAACAUGAGGUGAAUAUCAUGGCACACUUUGGGGUCAGAUGUCUUCUGUCUUUCUGUGGAUGGGUGUAUGUAGUUUUGGUCUUGGGCUCUCAGCUUUCUUAUGCGAAAGGACAUGUUGGAUACUGGGCACCACUCCCUGGCGAUUUUCCUUGCAGUUUCUUCUGCCCUUUGUUGCAGCAGAUGCUGGUGAGCUGCAGGCAGGCAGGGAUGGUGCUGGUUGCUUCCUCAACCCCAGCUGUGGACCUACCCAUGAGACUGUCCAGCAUGGUACACGGGUCUCUUGGGAUAAUAGUUCCCUUUUGCAUGGUGACGUUGCCUUAGUCAUCCAUAAAUGCCACAGUACCGAGUCGCCAAAGACCAAAACUUAGCCAAGGUUCUUGCUCUAAGGUCCUGCUAUCCGCAGUUUUACACUGUGAUUUUUGCUUUCUAACAGUUACUGCCUGUACAGACAAAGGCAAUGGUUACAGAGCUUUGUUGUGAGUCACUGUGACAACUCAUGUUUUAGUUUAAGAAUGUGCAUGCUGCUUUCUGACCUAGCAAUUUGCAUUUUAACCAGAAUAUGGACUGUGUAGGACUACCCGGUCCAUCCAUUAAAAAGCUGUAUUCCUAAGUGUCCUGCUUUUUUCUUUAGGGAAAGAAUAUCCUUCAGAGUUUUGCAUGGUAGGCUGUAGUGUUGGGUUAAACCUCUUUUGACUGCCUGGUGGUUCAGAAACCUGUUUCUCCAUACUUCCCUCCUUGCAGAAGGCAAGAUGAGGUUAAGGAAACAAAGAGAACUUGGGUUUUGAAGACUUUCUGUCUUUUUUUUCUUUUUUUUC